ACAAACACGGAGCUUGAGAAAGAGUGUGAUGGGCGGCGCCGUGUGAGCAAGCACAGGACCCGCCCAACACCAUGCCAGGUCCGCCCCCCCUCAUCAGCGUAAGCACCGGUGGCGUCGUGGUCCCGAGCCCCUUCAUGCAGCCCCCGCCGCCAGACAGCUCGUUCAUGCAGCCGCCCUCUCCCGACGGCGCCUUCAUGCAGCCACCCCUCGCCGCCAGCCCCGCGGCCCAGGAGGCGCUCCUCCACCACGGCUUCCCCUCCGAGGCUGACACCCUGGCCUACGUGGACGCCCUCAAGCACUCCGACCUCAGCGACUGGCGCUCCUUGGAGGAGGUGGCAAGACGGGCCGGCGCGGGGUCCUGCUCGGGUGCGGUGACCACGUCGGUGCUGACGGCGCUCUACCUGCUGGGACUCUUCAACCUGUGCGUCGCGUCCCCCGCUUCCUGCUGCGUGCCGCCUCCCUCCGGGCGAAGGCGACGGCGGAGAAACGUGGACGCCACCCUGCCCCCCCUCCUGAACAACCUCCAGCACAACCUCUCGAGCCUUUCCCUGGAGCAGUUUCGGGCGCUGCCGCACGUCACCACGUCGGACGGGGGGCGCGUCCCCCUCCACAUCUCGGUCGUCGAUAAGGUCCGGCAACUCUGGGACUCGAACCCGCGCCUCCUUUCGUCAGUGUCAUGCGCUACAGCCACACAGUCAGUCAGGUCAUCGUUCAUUUCCCUGAGCGGCGUGGCAUCGGGCAUCAUCUUGGCAUAUAGCGUGGCACAGCUGAGGACGUGCUACCCCGACCACAGUACCAGUCUCCAUUCGCCGCCGAAGGUGUGGUUCUUCCCCGUGCCCAACCAGUACCACCGGAACCCCAUCCACAUCCGGGUCAUCCCGCCCGAGAUCCCGGUCAAAGGAGAUGAUGACCCAAGCGACAACUGCAAGCGAACGGAAGUGGCCUUAGGCCACGACUACUGCGUGCCCCUCCUCUCGACGGACGUCUGCCCUCUCAAACACUGGGUCCUUUUCAACGAGGAGAUGAACACAGGGGAGUGCGUGCCUCGACUGUGCUCGAAAAACUACGUGUAUGUGCAAGAGGACCAGCUGUGCCACAACCUGAACGAGCCUGACCUGUGCCCGGGCAACAGGCGCCUCUACGUCACCGCUUCGGGCAAUGCCGUUUGCGACUGCACGGAAGGCACGUUCCCGGGCCCGGACGACCAGUGCUACUACCUGUACGAGCAAGCCUUCUGCUACGAGGGCAACGUGAUGCAGUUCGACAACGAGACCAAGACGCUGACGUGCCGCCCCGACCCCUGCCGCGACGCCAACAAGUACCUGUGGCCCGACGACCUGCCCUACGCUCCUCGCGGCGAUGGCUACUGCUACCAGUUCAACACGCGAGGACCGUGCAAGUUCGGGGAGAGAUUUGGCUUCGACACGGACAAGCUGGAGGCGACCUGCGUGUCCCUGGAGGAGGCGGGGUUGGUGCAGCCGUCGAGGGGCUACAUGUACCAGCAGAUGACCUUCCCCACGGUCAAUGGCAGCUUCUCCGCACAUUACCAGGUGUCCUACGUGAUCAAGAACUCUCCCAAGGGCGCCACGUGGGACCUGGAGGUGAAGAACAUCGCAAGAGAUAAGAGGGACGCUGACGAAGAGCCUCCCGGAGCUGGUGACUCCGAGUUGGUUGUGCCCUUCCUGGACACGCGCGAAUUCCCGAAUUCUCUCGAGCCCUUGAUGAAGGCUCGACCUCCGACCUGGGUAACCCGUCGGCAGCGAAGACGAAGAACUGGGAGGGUCCGCAGGAACAGAUCCAGCAACGCCACGGGCAGCUACUUCAUCGACGCCAACCCGAGGCACAGCAGCGCCGUGCCCAGCGCCAGGGGGAGCAGCCCUCUCACGGCCCACGGCGGAACCAGUCCCGUCGCCAGCUCUAACGUGACCGUAUUCCACGUCCGCCACGGCCCCAGCUCCCCGAUCUCCAUCGCCAACGUCAGCAUCAUCACCAACGGCGCCGGAAGUUCAGAUAGUCACCGCAGACGCUAUGACUCUGGCACUGUCGCUAACGGCGGGGUCGGUUCGAGCAACGGCAACCUUCGAAAUACAAUGAUUGCCACGGGCGCGAGAGCCGUCCACAGGGGUCACGCCGCUAUCCCCGGUGGUCGCCACGGCGGAAGAAGACCCGGCGCGCCCAGGAGAUCGCCGAGUAACAUCCGCAGCAGCGCGAACAGGAACCAGGGCCACCAGAGGAACCGCAACCUCCUGGCGAGGCUGAGGGCGGACCCGGCUCAGCAGCCCGGUCAGACUGACGUCCAGCAGAACGCCACGAUAGAGACGCUGCCGCAGGAAAAGCCGUCGCCCUCGGGACCAACCAAGGCCGAGAUGGUAAGAGGAGGAAGGAGGAGGAGAGCGAGAGGGAAAUCGGGGCAGAAGCAAAAGAGAAGGAAAGGGGAGGAGGAAGGAGAGACCCAGGACGCCGAUGAAGGGGAGAAGAUCGAAAGAGUCAAGCAGAGGCGAGGCGACAGGGAUUCGGCUCGACGCAGGGACCAAGAGGACAUUGUCAAGGUUGACCAGACGGGCGGUUCGGCCCCCAUUCCUGUACCGCAGGAAGGCCUCAACAGCACGGCGAAGGCGCCCCGGGGACGCGGCAAGAAGUUCAACCGCCGCAACCGGAAGAACCGCGGCAAGAAGAGGAGGCGUGGCCGCGGUCAGGGCCGCAAGGGGCGCAAAAAGAACAAGGAAGACGCGCCCAAGAAUUCGACGAAAACCGAGAAGAAGAAGAAGAAGCGGAAGAAUCCCAACCUGCCCUACCGUGUGCCUACCUCCCCGCCGCCCACCGCGCCCGACACCCCCGCCAACACCAGCUCGGGCGGCGACGACGCCCCCAAGAACAGGACGCGCGUGGACCUGAGACCCAGCAUCACCGAGGACGUGGAGGACGGCAAUGCGGACAGGAACGUGGAGGUGACCGACGAGACGUCCUCCUCGCCAGGCGACCCGGUGGCGGGGGCGGAGGAGGAGGGGGAGGGAGAGGAGGAUGGGGAAGAGGGAGAGGACGAGGACGAGGAGGGGCAGCAGUCAUCGUCGUCCGAAAUGUCUCUCCCGAAGUACAUGCGGCACCGCGGGCGCCGGCAGUCAGCGGGAGGCAUCAUCAACGCCCCGGAGCUGAUCCAGUGCAAGCCCGGCGCCGAGAAGGACUACAACCGCAAGUGCCGCCCGCGCUUCAUCCCGCAGGAGAAGAGCCGCCGCGCCGCCGGCAGCCGCCCCAGCAGUACCCAGCCCUCCAUCAAGUGCCCCGAGAACACGUCCCUGAAUCCCCUCGGCAAGUGCCAGAUAACGAACAGCGCCCUCGGCUGAGCGUCGUCAUCCAGUCAUCACUUCCACGUUUGCCAUCCUCUUCAUCACAACACUCACAAGGACGAAGCAACGGCCAUGCCCCCUCCCCCCCGGCCGAGGACUUGGCGCAGGUCCCCCAGAAUGAACGUGGUGCGGCUUUGAAACAAGUGUCGAGCUAAGAGUCCGUCUAUAGCUCGUGUGUGUCACGUGUCUUGAAUGAAUCACUCUUCCUUAAGUUCGAAUCAGUUACGGUUUCAUUCAUACCAACGAGGCGAAUCAGUUCAGCGUGUUCAGAGACGUUUGAUUUCGUGAGCGAGGGCGUAACGCUGACGAAGGCAAGAAUUCCGCCUGGAUAUUUCACCAACGUCUCCGAGGAAUCCCCAGCAAGUUCUUCCGGCAUUUUAAAGAACCAGUGCGCAAGGGAACGAGCGGCAUCAGGUCUAUUUAUUCUAAGAUAAAACAAUCUUCGUAAGCUACAUUGUCAUAAUAAAUGUUUGUUAAGACGUCUGCAGUAGAAUAUAAAAUUGCGAAAAGUUUUACCUGCAGCGAUAUUCUUCUGUGAGUGUGUCGAAGAAGUCAGAAUGACUCCCUUUCCGUGACAAGGCGAGAUAAACACAGAACCUGAGAAACUUUGGUUUUAUCUGAUGAGUGUUAUCAGAUCAUAGAACUUUUCGAAAUGAUGGUAAUCUCAAGUAACAUUGUGUUGGCAGAGGGACUGUUCUGAGCCACAAGUGUGCCCGAGACCGGUAAACUCAGGCUAUGAUGUAGAUGUUAGUUAUUUUCUGUCAGGUGAAUCUUGUCUGACCAAUGUGACGUUCUGAAACUACAACUUUGUUAACCGAAGAGAAAAAUAAACAUAGGAAAGUGCUGGAUAACUUCGAUUUAAAAAAAGAAAGAGAAAAAAAUCCCUUUGUGUUUACAGUUUCAUUCUGAGGAUUUGUUUCGAAAGAUAUGUAAUCAAAGUAUGGAAUCAGAUGAAAGAGUAAUGAGGAUUAAUCAUACAUUUAUAUUCUUUUUUGCAUAAAAUCUUACUGGCCUAUAGAUGUAGAUACAUACACAAUAACAUACACACACACACACACACACACACACACACACACACACACACACACACACACACACACACACUCACUCACUCACUCACUCUCACUCACACUCUCACUCACACUCACACUCUCACUCACACUCACACUCACACUCACACUCACACUCACAC